AUGGAAUCACCACAAAUCCCUGAUGACGCCUCUUCGGCUGGCGACAAAGCGCGAUCACAGUCCCAAAAGGUACGGCGCAGAAAUCGUAUGAUCACUUCAUGUUUGGAGUGUCGUCGCCGCAAACUAAAAUGCGAUAAACUUCAUCCUUGCACCAAUUGCAACAAAUUCUCGCGCGAAUGUUUGUUCCUGGCUCCUGCCUUGGAUUCGGUAUCCCAGCAGCGCCUCAAUGAGAUCAAAGAGAAGAUGGGCUCUCUGGAGAGGGUUCUAGAGCAGGACGUUGCCCGUAGAGAAGGCAAAAGUACUCCCAGCUCCAGCGACAGAUCGCAUCGCAGAACUUCUGCCGAUCUUCCUGGAGGCGAAGAUAGUAGCUCCGACAACGAGGCUGCUGUUCCUGACGACAUAAAAGGUCUAGAGCCCACACCGAUGGCAGUGAUUGAUGGCGCUUAUGAAGAUGACACCAACGACGACGUCUUGGACUUGGGCAUCAAAGUAGGGAAGAUGAGACUCACCGAACGACUCGGGGGAUUUUUCAGGCCUAGAAUAGGCGAAGAAGUUGCGAGCCAACUCAACGAUCCAAAUGUCGACCGUCGAACAGAGGAUGAGAAGUUAUCAACACUACCUCAGCUUCCAGAUCAUGGCUAUGAUUUCUUGGCCCCAGGACCGACCUACAUCGCUCCCGGUUCGGGUUUUCUCUUUGGCGACGUUGGCAGUAAGAGAUCGCUGAUUAAUUUCCUUCCGGCCAAGGGAGCGGGCGACAUUUUGAUACGAAAAUACUACGAAAAUGUUCAUUUCCCCGUUCGGGUGGUGCAUUGGCCGAGCUUUCAACUGCACUACGACAACUUUUGGACUGCAGUGCUUGCUGGCCUUGAACCUCCCGCAUGGCAGCAAUCACUUGUACUGGCAACACUGUUUUCAGCUGUGGCUAGCAUGCCAGAGGGAGAUGUAGCAGCAAUAUUUGCGCGCCCCAAGAGCACAGUCCUGGGAAAUUUUCAGACUGGGACAGAAGUUGCGCUGAGCAAAGCCUCGUUCCUCCGGGCCACAAAACUCGAGACGCUCCAAGCACUUGUUAUAUACUUGAUUCCCAUGUGUAGAGAUCAAAUCUCUCGCGCACAUUCGGUCAUUGUUGGGAUGGCUAUUCGAUUGGCAGAAUGUAUGGGUCUACACCGCGACCCGCAAGACGUCUACGGUCUGAGUCCAGUGGAAUGCCACGUCCGGCGCAUUGUGUGGUUUCAACUAUGCACGCUGGAUUUUCGAACUUGCGAAACGCAAGGUCCCAGACCUGGCAUCAAACGUGAGGACUACGACACACGGUUCCCUAUGAAUAUCAAUGAUGCCGAUCUGUUACUAAGCAGCCAUGGGGAAGCCAAAAACCAAUGGACAGACAUGACAGUAUCCCGCAUUCGGUUUGAGUGUCUGGAAAUGCAACGCAUCAUCUGGUUCGAUCGUAUCCGAUUAGAAAAGAAGAGAAUAUCGUUGACGCACCUUCUUGGGAAAGUCGAGUCGUUUCGCCGAGCGAUGGAGUCAAAAUACAACAAUACCUUUGAUCUUGCUGUGCCCAUACAGAAAUAUGCACAUCUCCUUAUGACUCUCCUGAUUCAGCGAAUGUAUGUCAUGGUUCUCCAUCGGUAUUUGAAUAAUGCCAGCAACGUGGUUCCUGAGCGACUUGUCCAGCUCACCGUGCAGAGUGCGCUCAAGGCGUGUGAGAGCGCCAUUGCAAUGGAACGUCUACCGUUGCUGGAGAAGUGGAAAUGGUUCGGCGGUGCACAUCAGCAAUGGCACAUGGCAUUCCUCCUGUUAACUAUAGUCUACAAUGAGCCUAACUUGAGAGAUGCAGACCGCGUCUGGGACGUGCUUGACUAUGUCUUUGAGCCCGACCCAACUUUGUCACGUGCGCAAAGAGCCAGAACUAUUAUCACCGCCAUACGAGACCGAACGAACGUAUACCGGGAACUCCGAAGAAUAAGGAUUCCCAUCAGUAUGGCGAACCGGCCAGCCAGCUUACCCACCGCAAGAACUGUUGAGCGAGAUACGGGAGAAGCAGACAGCGGCGUCCAAAGUAACCCUAAGUCUCCUGAUGCUGCGAUUCCAGCUUCGAGUCAAGGAACGUCGGGAGAUGCGACCUGGGGCUUUGACACUCCGGCGACUCUGUAUGUGAGAUAUGAUUCAACAACCAUGCAUAGGAAACAAAGCGACACUACUACUGGCCAGAGUGUGAGCCCACAUUCGGGUCAACAAGUACCACCUCAACAGCAGCAACAGCACCGCCCGUCCUGGUCGGAACCAUAUCAAACAUCACCUGGUCAACAAGGUGACUUUAACAGUCCAAGUGACUCUGGUACGAACGAGUCAUGGCCACCACUGAUUGCCCCCGAUCAAAUGGGAUGGCGAACAGUUUUAAGCUCAACAAAUGCCCCAUCGAGGCCUGUCGUUUCAAUGCAGUCCUUGCCAGCGAUGGGGACAACAUCCAUGCCCGAGGAAGCCGGCCAAAACCCAUAUGGUAUCGGCUCAGGUUUUCCGAACGACCAAGUAAACAUCCCGCAAUUGCACCCCAGCGGCCCACGAGGAGAUUCAGUCAUGUUGGAUAUCAACUGGGCGGAAUGGGAUCAAUUAUUCCCUCCUGACGCGACGCCAGGUCUGUUCGCAGCUGGCAACGAAUUCGGCGUGGGUCAGAGAAUAUAG